AUGGCAAGCAUAGCACGAAAAUUUAUCUUCAAUUUUUUAUGUCUGCUACUCUUCCUGGGUCUAUAUUCUUCUCAGCAGCAAAACACAUUAGUGCAACGACAGGAGCUCAAAGAUGGAGAUGAAUUAGUUUCAGCUGAUGGAAAGUUUAGAUUAGGAUUCUUCAACCUUACAGGUAACAAUUCCUGCUUAGGAAUAUGGUACGAUGGUGACUCCCUCACGAAUGUAGUGUGGGUUGCCAAUCCAAAUGCUCCACUGUUUGGCAAUUCUGUAAGUCUUAGUAUUGAUGACUAUGGGAGUUUGAAAAUUUCAUACAGCAAAAUGGGUCCUACUAUUUCACUAAAUCCAGGACAAGAAGCCAGUAAUUGUAGUGCCGUUCUACUUGAUACUGGUAACUUUGUACUACAUGAGCUGAAUUCAGAUGGAACUGUGAAGAGGGAAUUGUGGCAAAGCUUUGACUAUCCCACUGAUACACUUCUGCCAGGAAUGAAACUGGGAUUCAACAAAAAAAGUGGACAAACUUGGUCUCUAAAAUCAUGGAGAAGUGAUGUGGUACCUGAUACAGGGGCCUUUACUUUUGGCAUGAACGUGUACUCUAUACCUGGAAAUGAGUUCAACAUCAUGCAGCACGAGGACGAGUAUUGGACAGGUGGGUUUUCGCAAGAUGAGGGUUACCAGCACAAGCCAAUAAAUGGUUUCACUUUACAAGAUCAAAGAGGUUCCUCUUACGCCUUUUCAAAGAUAAGGAAUGAGAAUGAAACAUACUUCAACUUUUCGGCAAAUAAAGACAUCAAAACGUUCCCACGGUUAAGGAUAGAUUACUUGGGAAAGCUUUAUGUAGGUGAAAGGUUGUUUGUUCAAUGUUACUUUGUGGAUACCGAUGGAUACGAGUUUCAUGCGGAUGACAACCUGACCCAUGUGGAUUGUGAAGACAAAUGCUUGUCAAUUUGUUCUUGUGUUGCCUUUGAGCCUUCAAAGGAAGAUGGCACCGGCUGUAAGGUUUGGACCACCAUGCCAAAUUUUGAAACGGCUUUGAAUGCACGGAAAGUAUACUUCCUCGAAUACAAAGUUGAUGUAGAACAUGUGCUAAGAACAUGA